AAUGCAGGCACCGUGAACUACCAAGUCAUCUGCGAAAACAAUGGAAAUAAUAAAGAGGAAACUGACCUCAAAGGAAACCAAGAAAAGGAUCAUGAACCUAAGGACUCCUGGAAAAAACACACCGAGUUCUACCAGUCUCUGGCGACCCUCCUGCAUGUUGCCAGUGUUUUGGGGAUCAAUGUGAUUGGCAUUAAACAUGGGACUAUUUGUAUCUGUCCCUAUAGAGCUUCUGCUGCAGUUGUAGCUCUGGUCGUCGUCACCUUAAGCCUCGUCAUGUCGCUAGGGAUCAUUUUCAGCAUAGACGCAUCCUACCAGCAGAAGGUCCUGAUCUUGCCAUUGUUCAGUGCCAAUUGUUUCUGCUGCUACACUCAGGUCUUCUGGCUGAUCAAAAGCAGGAGGAUUGCAAAUUUCUUGGUAGAAGUCGAGGCGUGCAAACUGAGAAUCAAUCGAAGCUAUCCCGUGAAAGUAGCUGUGGGCUACAGCUUCUGUUACUCUAUCAUUUACACAGUCUUUGUCUACCAGAUGGUCCACCUUCCCGAUCACAUAUUUGCUUUUCCUAACACUAACCUAGAGUACAUGCUGACGUUCCCAGUGUUCGUCACGUGUUUUAUCCCCAGUAUGUUCGAUUUGUACAUCUUUACAUUCACUUUAUUCCUCAUUGUGGCACUGGAGAGGCUCCAAGAGGAAGUCCAGGCCGUUCAGGUGUGGUCCAAGGAAGAAAUAAAUGCUGUGGCUAAGAAGUGGCUCAGAUGUCGAAAUUUGCUUGACAUGUUCAGUGGGGUGUUCUCUUACUUGUUGCAUGUGCGCAUGCUCUUGUACGUAAUGCACGCAAUAGCUCACCUCUUUGCCCUCACAUCAAUGAAGCUUACCAGAGACUGUGCAUUUUACUUUUGGCCCUUAAUGCUUUCAUUGUUGGAAAAUUCAGUGAGGUACCUUGGAGUAUGUCAGACUGGACAACAUCUCACAAACACACAUGGCUUGGUUGUCAAGAAAGUCAGAGAUGUCCUUCUGAAACAGUGCUUGCACGAUGCUGAGGAGGAGAACUCCGAAGAAGAUGACACAAGCUCUUGGUUGUUCAUUAAGUAUGAAAUGGAGAAACCUGUUGAUUUAACGAGGUCACAGUAUGGAACCUUAGGAGAAAGUGUGGUGGGCAAGUCAUCCGAGAAAAAUUGCUUUUUAACAGAAGGUACAGCAAGGCACAAGAGUGCUGCUGUUGCAGAAAGUGCAGCUUCAGAAGCCAUGACUGUUGAAAAACUAAAUUUCAACGGAUCAGCCGGUAAUGAAACUGAAGAGGGAUUGAUGGAAAUGGAAGUAAAAUGUUCUCCAGAUUAUGAGGAAAAUGAUCUGCCCAGAAACUCGUUUUUGGAAGAGAUUCAGGAGGAAGAAAAUUUUCCUGUGAAAGAAGUAACAAACGAAGGGACACCAGAAAAAAGUCAAGCAAAAAUAUCAGAGAACAUGCCAUUGAAAUUGGACAGGAUUUAUGCCCAUGUGGUCCCCGACGAAAUUCUUAGAAAUUGCCCAGAUAACACAAAAACCUUUGAAGAUAACAGUAAAACAGAGGUCUGUUGUAGUGCCAGUAAUUCUAAAUUAGAGUAUACUGAGCAAGUGUAUAAAACUUCGGGUGGCACACAGAGUGAUAAUCAGUGUUGUAUGGGAACGAAAGCAGUGUAUGAGAAAGUUAAUCAAAUAGAUGUAGGCAAUGUUCUUGAGAUUGGUCUCACACAUGACACUAUUCUUCCCAGUGGGAAAGCAUUGAGUGGCAAUGGAAGCAUCCAGAAGCAAGAAAAGAUGCGGAUCAUAGAUCACAUGGCUUACCAGAGACAUGACUUACAAAAUCAAAAAAGUUUAUCGGGUUGCAAUGCUCCAUACCCAAGAGUGCUCGUCAGUGACCUGAAAAAAACGCAGUUUGCUGGGAUAGAACCAAGAAUAACUGCCCUUACUGAUGACACUGCACAUGCAAGCAGGCAGGAUAACACUCAAACGAGAACACCUAUAGCACAAAAUUUUGCUUGCAGAAAUGGCAAACACACUAGCCAGAAGGAAGCAGUUCUCGCUGAGGAGCAAAUUUGUGAAGUUUUGUGUAAUGCUGAACAAGUAGGUGAUUUGUGUGAAACUGAAAUACCUCGUGGAAAUUAUGACAAUACUGAACUUGAGGAAACAGCUCUUGAAGAUGGAGUGACUUGUGAAGAUAAAGAAAUGGCAGAACCAAGGGAGACUGGUAUUGGGAAUGAGCUUACAUCUAACAAUAAUGGAGAUGUUACAAGGAUGGAAGUACUGUUUGCAAAUAAGGUAACCUCUGCAGAAGAUGGGACUUGGAAAGAUAAUGAGACUCUAAGACAAACUGAGUCAUUUUUAACUCAUGAGGUACCCUGUGAGGAUAGAGAUACCAGACAAAUGGAGGCUUUCCUCGCAGUUGAUGUGAUUUAUGAACACUCUAGUGAAACUGAGGAGAAAGAUACUUUGUGUGUGUAUAAGAUGGCCGGUAAAGGUCAUGAAAAUACUGGGGGAAAUAAGGCAUGUUUUGGAGAUAAGUUAAUUGUUGAAGAUGUGAAAGCUAACGGACGAAAGGAGACAUUCGCUGCAGAUGCAGAAUAUUUUGAAGAUGAAAAUAAGAGUAAAAAAGGCCCAUUGUGUGCAGACAAGGUUACUUACGAAAAUAAUAGUACGAGACAGACAGACACAAGUCUUGUAGACGAAGCAACACCAAGAAACAGCAAGAAAUCCAGACAGUGCGAGGAACUUAUUACCACUAGAGAAACUUCGGAAGGGAGCAAAGACAUCAGACCAAACGAAGCAUUCCUUUCAGAUGAGAGAAAAUGUGGAGAUGAGACAGAGGUCAGACCAAUGGAGGUGAAUUUUGUAGAGGAGGGAGGUUGUGAACAUGAGAUUGACUUGAGUUCGGAUGGUAUAAUUGUUGCAGAGGAGUGCACUUGCAAAGAUGAAUAUUCAUGGCAAGAAGAAUCGUACCCUGCAGAUGAUACAAUUCGUGAAAGCGACCAAGAUUUGAGCCAAAAAGAGACACUUCCCAGUGGUAAAAUAAUAUGCAAAAAUUAUCAGGCUCUUGGGCAGGCUCAAGCAACCCUUUCAGAUAAAGAACUUUUUGAAAGCAACCAAAGCCUUACUAACAGUGGGACAUCCAUUACAGAUGAUGCAGUUUGUGAGAAAGAUGACGCAAAACUCCAAGAGACGUUCCUGGUGGAUAAGAUUGCUCGUGCCAAUAGUCAACUUCUCAAGAAAGAGAGGUUUCUGCAUGCCAGCAUAAAAUGUGAAGAGCUGCCAGCGGAUGGGGGCCAUAUUAGUUCCAUUAAAACUCAUUUUUCCUGUCUUCAGUCACUUGAUGAAGUACUGGAAGUGGGCCAUUGUUCUGUGAGCGUGGAGACUGCACUGGACUCCUCUGAUAUCAGUAAGGAAACACUUAACGCCAAUACUUCACUGAAAGAAGCUGCUGGAAGUGAGAGACACAACUUUGGGGAGAAUGAUACUGAAUUCAACCAGAGAGUCAGUACAGAAAAUGAGGUUCGUGAAUGUCCAGAGAAUACGACGACAGAGAAAAAAGAAUCUACCAAGACUGGGCCGCUGGAUCGGUUGUGCCUUGAGCGCUUCCUAUGUCACCUUGAGGAGUUUCCAUUCUCAGCAGACGUCUGGGGUGCUCAUCCCCUGGGUGCUUCUUCGUACGUAACCUGUUUGGGAAUUGUGGUCACCUACCUGCUGAUGUUAUUGCAACUCCAGCCUAUUCUGAGUGACGCCUCUGCUGAUCAGGACCUAGACAGCCUGUUGGAGAAUGACCAGGGGAUAUUUGAAUGUUUGUCCAAGUGAUAAUGGGACCAUUAAUGUUAAAAACAAAGUAAAUAAAAUAAAAGAAUUUUGGGGGAACCAUAGGUUAUGUUACCAGGUUGACUCCUACUAGAGAAAGACCAGGGGGUAGUUGAAUGCUUGUCUAGGUGAUGAUGGGACCAUUAAGCCAGAAAAAAAUAAAUAAAUAAAGACGAAGUUACAAUAAUUAGAAUUUUUGGGGGACCAUAAGUUAUGUUGCCAGGUUGACUUUCAAUACACCAAUCGUGGAUAAAAACAUAACGAAAUUAUAUUAGUUUACUGAUAUCAUACAUUCUGUAUCAUACCCAUACCAGUUGGGGAUCACGUAAAUCAUACCCUGGGCAUAAUAUUAACGCCUGCGCAUUGUGUGACAUGGCAUGAUGUGGAUGUUUUUUUUUUUACCCAUCUCCAUUUCAGACGUUAAAGCAGACUUGGCGGACAUAAAACGUCACGUACGCGUUUAUUUUUGCGUUUAUAAUGAUAUCUAAUUAAAAUGUAAUUAAUCAAUUAGCAGGAUUUUGCUCAUUAAGGGCUCGAGUAAUGAGAGUUUUGUCAUGUUCUGGAAAAUUAUGUUCUUUGCAUAUAUAAGAAAAUGUCUUAAUGUGUAAUGUUUAUGAUGAUUUGGAAAUCCAAGUAAUAUAUGUGCAGAUUUACACACAAACGGAUGAGUAAAUAAAUAAUCAGUUAAUAAUAUAUAUAUAUAUAUAUAUAUAUAUAUAUAUAUAUAUAUAUAUAUAUAUAUAUAUAUAUAUAUACUGAGA